AUGACGGUCAUUGGUCCAACGGGCGCCCCUCCAAGCGGAGCCUUGGAGGGCAAGGCCGGCACCAUUACCUCCAACGAGUGGGGCUCUCCUAACUCCCCUGAGGGGAGCAACGUCUCUGGGGGCAGCCAGGCCUUGGACAAGCCCAUCGACAAUGACGCAGAGGGCGUGUGGAGCCCGGACAUCGAGCAGAGCUUCCAGGAGGCCCUGGCCAUCUACCCUCCCUGCGGCCGCCGCAAGAUCAUCCUAUCAGACGAGGGCAAGAUGUACGGUCGGAAUGAGCUGAUCGCCCGCUACAUCAAGCUGCGCACAGGGAAGACCCGUACCAGGAAGCAGGUCUCCAGCCACAUCCAGGUGCUGGCUCGUCGCAAAGCCCGAGAGAUCCAGGCCAAGCUUAAGGAUCAGGCAGCUAAGGACAAGGCCCUGCAGAGCAUGGCUACAAUGUCGUCCGCCCAGAUCAUCUCUGCCACAGCCUUCCACAGUAAAAUGGCCCUCACCCGGGGCCCAGGCUACCCAGCAGUCUCAGGGUUUUGGCAAGGAGCGCUGCCAGGCCAAGCCGGGACGUCCCAUGAUGUGAAACCUUUCUCUCAACAAACCUACACUGUCCAGCCUCCGCUGCCUCUACCAGGCUUCGAGGCUCCUGCAGGGCCCACCCCAUCACCCUCGGCACCGCCAGCACCGCCCUGGCAGGGCCGCGGCGUGGCCAGCUCCAAGCUCUGCAUGUUGGAGUUCUCCGCCUUCCUGGAGCAGCAGCAAGACCCGGCCACGUACAACAAGCACCUGUUCGUACAUAUUGGCCAGUCAAACCCAAGCUACAGUGACCCCUACCUCGAAGCCGUGGACAUCCACCAGAUCUACGACAAGUUCCCCGAGAAGAAGGGUGGCCUGAAGGAGCUCUUUGAACGGGGACCCGCCAAUGCCUUUUUUCUGGUGAAGUUCUGGGCAGACCUCAACACCAACAUGGAGGACGAUGGCAGCUCCUUCUACGGGGUCUCCAGCCAGUACGAGAGCCCCGAGAACAUGAUCAUCACCUGCUCCACCAAGGUGUGCUCCUUCGGCAAGCAGGUGGUGGAGAAAGUGGAGACAGAGUAUGCCCGCUAUGAGAAUGGCCACUACUCGUACCGCAUCCACCGGUCCCCGCUCUGUGAGUACAUGAUCAACUUCAUCCACAAACUGAAGCACCUGCCCGAGAAGUACAUGAUGAACAGCGUGCUGGAGAACUUCACCAUCCUGCAGGUGGUCACCAACAGGGACACACAAGAGACACUACUGUGCAUUGCCUACGUCUUUGAGGUCUCUGCCAGUGAGCACGGGGCCCAGCACCACAUCUACCGGCUGGUGAAGGAGUAGAGACUGGGGACAGGGUGGGCGAGAGGUGUGUGUGCAGGAAAUCGGCAGGUGGGCCAGGGACCUGCAGGGCGGCCUCCUGACUGGCCGCAAGUUGACCCAGGACCAGACCUCCGACCUUGCGCUGCCCCCCACCCCCAAUAAACCCAACCUGUUGUGGAUUUUCA